AUGGGUCGAAUCUUUCGGGACACAGUGCUAUUCUUCUUGGCUGUAACCAUCAGAGACACGCUUUCGCAAAGGAUCAUCGGAGGACAGGAAGUUAUGCCGUACUCCAUCAAGUACCAGACUUCUAUUCAGUACAAUGGUAGACACUACUGUGGAGGAACACUCAUCAGUCCUCAGUGGGUGGUAUCUGCUGCCCAUUGCUGGCGGCCGAGCUCACUCAUCAAAGUGGUUCUGAGUGAACACAGCCUUGAGACAGAGGAGGGCUUUGAGCAGGUGCUAAAUGUGUCCAGAAUCUACGUCCACUUCAAUUACAAUUACAGAACAUUCAACAAUGACAUCAUGCUCAUGAAGCUAAGCGAGCCAGCCCAGAUGAACGCUAAUGUUCAGCCUGCUACGCUGCCCGACGAGAAUUCGGAUGAACUUCCCGGGGGCACCACAUGCACAGUGAGUGGUUGGGGGGUCACCCGCAUCUACAGCUACUACCUGUCACCAGUGCUGAGGGCUGUGGACGUGGACAUCAUCCCAUACUGUCACUAUUACUACUCCUGGAGGAUCACAGACAACAUGGUCUGUGCUGGCUCACGAUUUGGUGGCAAAGACUCCUGCCAGGGUGAUUCAGGUGGUCCCCUGAUCUGCAAUGGCAAAUUUGAAGGCAUUGUGUCAUGGGGAAUCAGCUGUGCCAACCCAUACUUCCCGGGUGUGUACACAAAAGUGAGAAAUUACAUCAGAUGGAUCAACUGGAUCAUCAACAAUGACACCAACUGA